CUGUGCCACACUGUCAACUUCCACGGUCUGAUUAGGUUGAAUACAUUGUUUCCUUACAGAGUGGCCACGCGGUUGCCACCUGGCAGGCCCGCUGCUGGGGUUCCUGUGUGCCUCCCGGGGAGGAGGGUGGCAGCUAAUGCCCGGGUCAAGGUUGUGGAAGUAACACCUGCAGGGUCAGGCAGGAGGGCAGCGCGUCUCUCCGGGAGAGCUGAGGCAGAGGGUCGACCUUAGUGAAUUGAGGCUGUUUUUAGGGCUUCAUUUUUUUAAAACUCGUAAGUUCACUUGCUUGUUAGGAAUUCACCAGGAGCCUGGGGAAGCCAUUGUUCCUGGAGUCCCUCUCUUCCAGGACAGGGGCCCAAGUGGCUCUGCCUGGCUGUGGACACCACCUUUAAGGAGAAGACACCUGGAUCUUUUCCCUAAAGGAGCCACCGCAUCCUCACGCCUUGGGGAGUGAGGGCCGUUCACACAAGGAUCCCUGGUCCCAUCCUGGCCCGGAGCCAUUUGUGCGCUCCUCCCUCCCAUGGCCCAGUUUUCUCCACACUGGAGAAAACUCCAGUGGCCUCCAGGAGUGUGGACGGUGCCCGGCCGCUGGCCUGGGACCCGAGUGGGCAGAUGAGUGCCGCCUGGACUCGCACUGCCAGGCCUGCUGCUGGAGCCUCUUCCCGCCGGGGCCCCGCUCAGGCCACGGCAGCUCCCUGGACAGAGAGACACAUCCCCAAGGUCUCCCGGAACCAGUGCGGUGCAGUUCCCUGGCCCACCCAUGGGAGAGCCUUCUGCACCCCAGGAGGGCGUGAAGACGGAGAAUGACCACAUCAACCUGAAGGUGGCGGGGCAGGACGGCUCCGUGGUGCAGUUCAAGAUCAAGCGGCACACCCCGCUGAGCAAGCUGAUGAAGGCCUACUGCGAGAGGCAGGGCUUGUCAAUGAGACAGAUUAGAUUUAGGUUUGACGGGCAACCGAUUAAUGAAACAGACACUCCAGCACAGCUGGAGAUGGAGGACGAGGACACCAUCGACGUGUUCCAGCAGCAGACCGGGGGCGCGCGGGAGACCAGCCGCCUGUUGGGCGUGGCCUCUAGAGGGACCGUCCUCGUGCCGGUUGCCCUUCCUUGCAUUGCCGUUGAGUAGUGACACGUGAUCGCCAGCACGGAGGAGUCUGCGGAAUCUCGAGGGCAUUCACCAAAACGAUUUUCCUCUCUGACCUCCUGCGAGUGCAACUCAAAACUGUGUCUGCGGGGACGGAUCUGCGACUUAAACUGGGCCAAUCAGAAUUGUUAUCUUUGUUCAGGAGAAAUGAGUUGCCGGGUUUUGGGGGUUUGUUAAUGUUUUCAUUUUCUUUUUUUCCCCCUCUACCUAUAGCAUUUUUUGCCCCAGAUUUGUGGCCUGAAUGUUCGUUUAGUCCGUGGACAGGAACUUGCUCUGGUGUGGGCUGCCCCUCCACCGCCGGUUCCAGUCACACAGCGCUCGUGUGCACGCGGCGUGGGUCUGUCGGACAGGCGUCCCGCAGUGGUGGGGACGGAAGACAGAGUGUCACUGGCUAUUUGUUGUAGGCACAGGUUAUUAAAAUGCUAAAUAUUGCAAAUUUAAGCUUGGUCAGCUUGUGAUAAAGUUGAGGGGAAAAUACUGGACUGCUUGUUAAAAAGUAGAAAAUAACAGCCCUUUGGUAACGUGGCCCCACGUGCUCCCUGCUCCUGCGUGUCCCCCUGGGGUCCGAGGCCCCCCCAUCAGUGUCUGACAAGGGUCGGCACAACAAAAAUCGACUUUUUCCCUCUUCUUAAUAUAGAAGACAGUAAUUCCCACAUUUCUCAUUUGGUGAUGGUGUUGUGGCCUCAGGUUUCUUCUAGUAUUUGCUUCUGAUGAGUAAUUAUGUUCUAUACAUAAAAAGGUAAGAUUAAGUAGUGCUGAAUUUUCAGUUACGUUGUUGUGUAAAGAGCUACUGCCAAGCGUGGUUACCGACCCGUGGGAAGAGGACCUCGUGCCUGCUCUCUCCUCGCGGGUCUGUGCCGUGCGGCUUUCCAAACACAUCCUGAACUUGCGCGUUACUGUGGUGAUCAGUCCUGUGACAUUUUGGGGAUCUAUGCCAAUUAAAAAUGUUCCUCGUUCUGCCUGUUCUUCCGAAAGGACCCACUGCCGCUCAGUGGCCGUUCUCUGCCUUUUUUAUAGUCACCUGACUGAUGACCCAUCAUCUCUUGCUUGCUGGAAAUCUUGCUGAAAAUGUCCUCAGUUCCUCUGUUUUGCUGUGUGGGUUCGGGUGGGGUGUGUUAGCUCUGCUGUUUAUUCACAAUUUGUACAUUAUUCGUUGUCCUUUCCUACUGUACACAGUAAAUAUAGUUUGGUAUUCUGUC